AUGAGUAAAGUUAAAGGAAUAUUCCCCUUGUUCUUAGCCACAGCCUUUGGCAUUGGAAAUGGCAUCUGGGUUUUUGGACCAGCGUUAAAAGAGCAACAAGAAAACAACUUGCAGGCAAAGGCUGCCUUUGAACACCCAAUUCAAACCAAGGAAAGCGAAGUGGCUAGGAUGGCAGAGGUAGAAGCAAGUCGCGCUGCUACUACGAAAACUUUGUUAAACCCAUCUGAGACUCCAGAGACUUCUUGGUGGCAGUCUGCCAAAUUCUGGACAAGUUCUCAGCCAAAACCCAAUGGUAAAUUGGAAUCGGAACCAAAAGAACCGAUUACUGAGGCAAAGAAAUCAUGA